GCCUUUCAACUAGAUUUUAUGAUGAGCUAUCGGAUGUCCCUUUCCCUCCACCGUCACCUCGAUUGGCUCCAGAGCCCAGACUUCUUGAUUUCUUGUCCGCUUCCACUUAUGAAGACCUUGUGCAAGACAGCGCAGAAAAUUUGAAUACAGUCCCGAUCGAUACUGAUGCUAAUAGCAACCUAUCCCAAGGCCAUAUACAUGAAAUGCAAACCGACGAUAACCCAUUGAUUGCUCGGUCAAACCGUGCGAAACGACGACCUCAGAAUGCGAACAGUUCUCGGGUUGCCAAGGCUAUGGAUCAAAAAGGGAAAGGGCAAAGAGGGAGGCCGCAGAAAUCAAAUGGAAUGGACUCACCGGCUGAUAAACGGCGGGCCCAAAUCCGCGCAGCACAAAGAGCCUAUCGGUCGCGUCAGGAGAUGGAGCUGUCGACAUUGAGAGGCCGUGUCAAGGAGCUGGAAGACGUGAUGUAUCAAACGAGUCAAAUCUGCUUGCAAUUUAGAAAUGAUGUCCUUACGUCUGGUCUAUUGAAUGACCGUCCAGAUCUGGCUGCGAAGCUGAAGGAGACUGCGGAGAAAUGUAUGUCAAUGGCGAGGCAAGGUGACGUUGAGUGUGUGGGAGAAAGCAUUCAAGUCAAUAAAACGUCAAAAAAGUUAUCGCCUUCACAGAGGUCUAAGAAAACCAGUGGCGAUCACCAAAAGAUUACAACAAAAGAGGUUAGGCCGGCGGAUGAUUUUAAUCACGAAAGUCUCGAAGUUACAUAUUCAGGACAAUUAUUAGAGUGGGAAAGGUCGAAUGAUGCGGACACUGAGACAUCUAGCGAUCCAACUUUCUCCCACUUAAACGAUCUAAGGUCGCUUUCUUCAAUUCCUUCCACAAUUGAACUAACCGAACCAAUAUCCACGGUUGAUAUAUGUGCAAAUAACAAAUCCCUCGCCGAUCGGCUAGAUAUGGCAUGUGCAUUGCGCGCUUACCGUCGCCUCAAAGAUCCAUCUAUAACUACUGCGGAAUUAUCCAGGGGAUUUAAAUUUCUUAUGACUGUUAUGAGCCGUGACCAGAUUGCCACAUAUUUUAAAGAAUUUAUCGAUUCUCUCGGCGCGUCUGCAGUUUUUGACAACUGGAAAGUUCCAGAAGUCAUCCUUGGUGGUGCCGGAACCCAUUAUCCUCGAAAGAUGCAGAGCAAAAGAUACAAUCUGGAUCCUAGACUAGAUGGAUUACCGGAGAAAAGUCGCGGAAUGACCCAAGUGUCAAGUAGAGCCAACCUACAAAGUGAAUUUCAGGAAGAUUGGUUCAAUUCUGGGGAUGUACAAGGGUUUCUAGCAGAAUAUGGAGUUAUGACAGAAAAUCACAGCCCAGCUCUCGGAGCUACGCGUAACGUCUCGGAGUGCAGUCCGCAAUCAAAAUUCCCUUGGGGCUCCUUACCACCGGGAACGGUAUUGGUUGUUGACGAGAGCAAGUUGUUGCGGCACUUAAGCACUUUCUGCGUUUGUCUCGGUCGUUCUGCUGGGUUUCGACGAAAAGAUGUUGAAAAGUCAGUGUUGCAGCAUGUGAAGCUCUGUUGGGUGUAGAUGAAAGGUUAAUACACUCUUGACCUAAUAAUAAGACUUUGGAGGGGGUUUGGGGUUCGGAUCCAGUAGAAACAAAAUAUCACCAACUGAGGUUGUGCAAUCAUAAGCGUUCGACAGACUUUUAUGCUUGCUUUCGGCGGAAAAUGAAGGAUAACAGGUCAAAUGUUAUACAUCAGGAGAUCGGCAAUUCUUAUCAAUAUUGCUAGAUUCAAACUUCAUUCGCACUGCCUAAGUAGACAAAGGGUGGCUCUUACUGAAUUUUUGCAGCCAUUUGCUCAGUCCUCGGCUCAAUGAAAGACAUAAAACCGAGAAAUGGGUGCUGAUUACUGAACAUGAUGAACAUUCCACAUUUUUAUACAGCCUCGGUAGUAUUAUUCCAUUGUCAAGCGUGUGGAAGUAUAAAAACGUCCAUUCCCCAUGUUGUGUUAAUAUCAGCA